UUCUCAUUAACACUAAACACAGAAGAAAAUCUAAAGAUCUUUAGUUCUUUCUUGUUCUUCGUUUCUUGAAUCAAAGAUUGUAAUUUUGAGCAAUGGCAUUCGCUGUUACGUCUUCUUCUUCGACUGCGAUUUCUGGUUCUGGGUUUUCUCGCUCGGGUGCUUCCUCUGACAUCAAAGCUCCGCAGAUUGGUUCAAUUCGGUUAGCAGAUCGCCAUGCAACGGUGAAUCUGUCUCAGAAACGUUGCGCGGUGAGGCCCGUGAAUGCGGAGCCGAAACGGAAUGAUUCCGUGGUUCCUUCGGCAGCAACCAUCGUUGCUCCAGAAGUGUCGGAGAAAGUGGAGGUGGAGGAUUAUGAGCUAUUGGCCAAGGAACUUGACAAAGCUUCUCCACUCGAAAUCAUGGAUAGGGCUUUGGAGAAAUUCGGAGACGACAUAGCCAUCGCUUUCAGUGGGGCGGAGGACGUUGCUUUGAUUGAGUAUGCGAAAUUAACUGGUAGACCAUUUAGGGUGUUCAGCCUUGAUACCGGCAGGCUGAACCCGGAAACUUAUCGAUUCUUUGAUGAGGUUGAGAAGCAUUAUGGAAUUCGAAUUGAGUACAUGUUUCCGGAUUCUGUUGAAGUUCAGGCAUUGGUUAGGAGUAAAGGGUUGUUUUCUUUCUAUGAGGAUGGGCACCAAGAAUGCUGCCGUGUCAGGAAAGUGAGGCCUUUGAGGAGAGCACUCAAGGGGUUGCGUGCUUGGAUUACUGGUCAAAGGAAAGAUCAGUCUCCGGGGACUAGGUCAGAGGUUGCCGUUGUUCAAGUGGAUCCUGUUUUUGAAGGAUUGGAGGGAGGGGUUGGAAGCUUGGUGAAGUGGAACCCUGUUGCCAAUGUUGAUGGUAAAGACAUUUGGAAUUUCCUCCGGGCGAUGAAUGUGCCUGUCAAUUCUUUGCAUUCCCAGGGAUUUGUGUCUAUUGGUUGUGAGCCUUGCACAAGGCCAGUACUACCAGGGCAACAUGAGAGGGAAGGACGAUGGUGGUGGGAGGAUGCCAAGGCCAAGGAGUGUGGUCUUCACAAAGGAAAUUUGAAACAAGACAGUGCAGCCCAACUUAAUGGCAAUGGAAAUGGGGCUGCCCAUUCCAAUGGUACUGCCACUCAAAGUGACAUUUUCAAUAGCCAGAGCUUGGUCACAUUGAGCAGGACUGGAAUUGAGAAUUUGGCAAGAUUGGAGAACCGGAAAGAGCCAUGGCUUGUUGUGCUCUAUGCCCCAUGGUGCCCUUUCUGCCAGGCAAUGGAAGAAUCAUAUGUUGAAUUGGCUGAGAAGCUGGCAGGUUCUGGGGUGAAGGUAGCAAAAUUCAGAGCUGAUGGUGAACAAAAGGAGUAUGCACAGACGGAGUUGCAGCUGGGAAGCUUCCCCACGAUCCUUUUCUUCCCCAAACACUCAUCUAGGCCUAUAAAGUAUGCCUCUGAGAAGAGGGAUGUUGAUUCAUUGAUGGCCUUCAUUAAUGCCCUUCGAUGAUGGGAUUCAAAAAUAAUUUGUCGAAAUAGCAAAUCAACCAACCAGUGGUGGUUCCUGCUAUUUUCAGUCAUAGAAUCAAACUCAUGAAUACUAGAAGAUGGACUUUCCAAGACAACUUAUUGGAGAGCUUCACGUAGGAGGGAAUGAACCCAGAUUUUGCAAUGUGAAUUAGAUUGGGUGUUCUUUGUAUAUUGAACAGAGUGUUUCUUUUUCCUGCAAAGUCUUAUUUAGAUUAGUGAUCGUUUGGGCUUUAGUCAUCUAUGAAUGAAAUUGAAGAGUUUUGAUUUUGAUUAACAA